CUAUUCUCUCUCUCUCUCUCUCCCUCCUAGGUUUUUUUCUCCGAUCCAAAAAACCCAAAAUGCGUGAGAUUCUUCACAUUCAGGGAGGCCAAUGCGGCAACCAGAUAGGAGCCAAGUUCUGGGAGGUCGUCUGCGCCGAGCACGGCAUCGACCCCACCGGAAGGUACACCGGCGACUCCGAACUUCAGCUUGAGAGGGUGAAUGUCUACUACAACGAGGCCAGCGGCGGGAGGUACGUUCCACGCGCCGUGCUCAUGGAUCUGGAGCCUGGGACCAUGGACAGCGUCAGAUCUGGACUCUACGGCCAGAUCUUCCGCCCUGACAACUUCGUGUUUGGUCAGUCUGGCGCUGGAAACAACUGGGCCAAAGGUCACUACACCGAGGGGGCUGAGUUGAUCGACUCGGUUCUCGAUGUGGUGAGGAAGGAGGCCGAGAACUGUGACUGCUUGCAAGGGUUUCAGGUGUGCCAUUCUUUGGGAGGUGGUACUGGAUCUGGAAUGGGAACACUUUUGAUUUCCAAGAUUAGGGAGGAGUACCCGGAUCGGAUGAUGAUGACUUUCUCUGUGUUCCCAUCCCCCAAGGUCUCAGACACUGUCGUGGAGCCUUACAAUGCUACUUUGUCGGUGCAUCAGCUUGUGGAGAACGCAGAUGAGUGCAUGGUGCUUGACAACGAGGCUCUCUAUGAUAUCUGCUUCCGCACGCUUAAACUCACCACCCCCAGCUUUGGUGAUUUGAAUCACUUGAUCUCUGCAACCAUGUCUGGAGUUACAUGCUGCCUAAGGUUCCCUGGACAGCUCAACUCUGAUUUGCGCAAGCUUGCCGUUAACCUCAUUCCCUUCCCUCGUCUUCACUUUUUCAUGGUUGGUUUUGCUCCCCUGACCUCAAGAGGGUCUCAGCAGUACAGAGCUUUGACUGUUCCAGAACUCACCCAGCAAAUGUGGGAUUCCAAGAACAUGAUGUGUGCUGCUGAUCCCCGACAUGGAAGGUACCUCACAGCGUCUGCCAUGUUCCGUGGUAAGAUGAGCACCAAGGAAGUGGAUGACCAGAUGAUGAAUGUUCAGAACAAGAACUCUUCAUACUUUGUUGAGUGGAUCCCCAACAACGUCAAGUCAACAGUCUGUGACAUCCCACCAACUGGUCUCAAGAUGGCUUCAACUUUCAUUGGGAACUCCACAUCCAUUCAAGAGAUGUUCAGGAGGGUGAGUGAGCAGUUCACUGCUAUGUUCAGGAGGAAGGCUUUCUUGCAUUGGUACACUGGUGAAGGCAUGGACGAGAUGGAAUUCACUGAGGCCGAGAGCAACAUGAAUGAUCUGGUGUCAGAGUAUCAGCAGUACCAGGAUGCCACCGCUGAUGAGGACGAAUAUGAAGAUGAACAGGGAGAGUAUGAGGAGGAGAUGUAAUUCUAUUAAUGCCCCGCGUCUUUUAAUACCAAACUUCUAGCAGUAAUCUUUUGUUUAGUAUGCGAUUGAACGCUGGUUGAGUUGAGGACAACUUUGGACAUCAACUUCCAGUUGCUGCUUUUGCUGUAACUUGCUUAUUUCGACAUUGUGGUAUUGGGAUUUGCUUAUCUAGUAGCGUUGAUAUUAUCUUUAU